UUCAACUCAUUAGUGUUGAUCUCCUCCAUGGCACGUUCCAAGACAAAAUUACCAUUUGGAUUGCUUAGACUCUGUGUCAAAGAUGGCUUCUAGAAGUUAAAACGUGACAGAGAUAAAAAAAAAAUUAGCAAACUUAAAAACAGCUGAGAAAACAGUCACAUAAUUUCACAACGAAAAGAAAAGAUAUUGAUUAUUUGAAAAUAUUGAUUAUUUGAGUGGAGCUACAACGUAGUUAAAGAGUUAAAGAUGAACUCGACGACUUCAUCAAAUGGUAGCGAAGAGUCAGUUCAGGGUGUGUUCCUUCUUGGCUUAAUAAUCAUUGACUUCGUAUUUGCAACAAUUAUCAUGACUGCAAACAGCUUUCUCUUCUUCACAAUUUACCGCGACCCAUGUCGAUGUUUGCGUACGCCAAACGUUUUUCUAAUUGCAAAUCUCUCCUUAGCCGAUUUUUUUAUGGGAUUUGUCAGCUUUCUGAGAGGUUUCGAACUUACCUACAGGUAUCGUGGCUUAGAGGAGCUUUUAAUCGUCAACAUCACUCAAUAUUUCAUCGGAGCUGUGUCGAUUCUAGCUGCUGUGUCUACGCUUUUGGUGAUGUCUUACGAUCGGUAUGUUGCUGUUAUCAAGCCGUUUGAAUAUCCGCUGAAAGUGACGAACACAAGAGCGAAAAUCUUCAUCUUUGGUAUUUGGACAAGUGCGCUAGUUUUCUCCGUACUUCCAGUUUCAGAUGUGAGGAGAGAAACAUUUUUGCUUGCCUAUUGUUACUCUCAUUUCGUGAUCCCAUCGUUCCUCCUAACAACAAUUUAUGUGAAAAUAUACAAAACGAUUUCCCUUCAAAGAGAAGAGCUUAGAAAUGUUCGCGCCAGUCUGACAGCAGGGAGCAGAAGGCAACAGUUGGAGAGAGAGAACAGAAUGGUCAUGGCAUUUAUGAUGAUUCUUUUGAUAUUUUAAUUGUCAUUUUUUCCCUACUUCGUCCAGGUGCAGAUUCUAUAUUUUUGUUCCUGUCGGACCUCUUACGCAUACAGGGUUUAUUAUUAUGUGGCAAAUGAAUUUCUCUCAGUGAGCUCCAUGGUGAAUCCCUUUAUGUAUGCCUGGAGAAUUCCGAAGUUCAACCGCUCGCUUCGACUGUGUUUUCGACGCCAAAAUGCAAUCGGUGUGUUGAACACAUCCAGUACUUUGAACCAAGUCAAAGCAUCAACUCAUUGACUUAAUCGUAUCUUUCUAAUACUGAUUUUUAUUUAAUUCCUUACCCACCCCCUUCGAGGAAAUCCAAAAGUGUACAGAGUUAAGGUGGCCGCUUUACAAAUUCGACUUAGUUGAUAUAACCAAAUGACCUUGUUACCCCCACCGAAGAAGCACCACAA